UGGGUACUGAGAGAGGACUGGAAGCACAGUGUGGAGCUAGCAACUACUCUCAUCAACAUCUUGUGCUUCUCAAGUUUCUCACAGUUCCAUGGACUCAUUACGCACUAUAAGAUUGGCGCACUGUGCAUGAACAUCAUCGAGCAUGAGCUGAAGAAAUAUGACCUGUGGCAGGAUGAGUUAGAGAAGAAGAGCAAGGCUUGUGACGAGGACCCCGAAAACCAGAGAUUGCGGAAGGAGCAUGAGAAAACCCUUAAGAAAUACCAAAGCCUCCUGGUCAAACAGGAGCAGCUGCUGCGAGUUGCGUUCUACCUGCUGUUGAAUCUGUCUGAGGACACCCGCACGGAGCUCAAGAUGAGGAACAAGAACAUUGUGCACCUGCUGGUCAAGUCUCUAGAGAGGGACAAUGAGGAGCUGCUGGUGCUGGUGGUCUGCUUCCUCAAAAAGCUCAGCAUCUUCUUGGAGAACAAGAAUGACAUGGCUGAAAUGGACACUGUGAAGAAGCUGGCUCGUCUGGUUUCAUGUGAAGAUGAAGAGCUGAUGAACAUCACUCUGCGACUCCUCCACAACCUCUCCUUUGACACGGGCCUGCAUACCAAAAUAGUGCAUGUGGGUUUGCUACGCAAACUCACUGAUCUGCUGGGUGAUGACACACACAAGCACAUAGCGAUGCGUAUCCCCUACCAUAUCAGCGUGGACGACAAAUCUAAAUCCAUGUUCGCGUAUACAGACUGCAUUCCUCAGCUCAUGCAAAUGGUCUUUGAACAUGGCGAAGAGAGAAUCGACACCGAGCUCAUUUCCUUCUGCAUCAACCUGGCUGCUAAUAAGACUAACGCUCAGAUUAUCUGUGAGGGUAAUGGAUUGAAGAUGCUGAUGAAAAGAGCACUCAAACUGAAGGACCCGCUGCUGAUGAAAAUGAUCAGGAACAUCUCACAGCACGAUGGACCUCUGAAACAGCUCUUCAUUGACUAUGUGGGUUAUCUGGCUGCUCAGAUCAAACAGGAGGGCGAUGAAGAGUUUGUUAUUGAGUGCUUGGGUACAAUGGCAAACCUCACCAUACCUGUGCCGAACGACAAUUGCAUCACAGAUCACAUUUCAUUUUUCCAGUGAGGAGAGUGAGUCGAGCUGACUGACAAGAAGAGUGGGGUGAGACG